AUGAAACUCUUCACACUCUGCUUUCUCCUGCUAGCCGUCGCUUGUACCGCUGCGUUAGUCAAUCAUACCAUCGACGACAAAUACGGCGACAGCAGCACGGGGAUAAUCCCUACAUAUCGCCCCAAGGAAAACUGGGCAUACGGCGAUACGUGUAGAAGUUGCAAUCUCUACCCUGCGAAUCUUGGACAUAUUCCUCCAGGCUCCCUGAAUGGUACAGCCGUCGAUACCGCGCAAGUCUUCAAUGGGACGUGGCACGAUACCACUCAGUCUCCCGGUAGCCCACCUCGCAACAUCACGGUUCAAUUCGUUGGGCAGGCCGUCUACGUCUUCAACAUCAUAGCCAAUAUUGUCCCGUUCACUUCGACAAACACCUCCCUCGUCUUUUCUCUCGACGACAAGAUCGUUGGCCAAUACGUGCAUCCCGCAGACCCAUUCGGCCCCGAACUGAUGUACAAUGUAGCAGUGUAUACCAACCACAGCAUCCCUCACGACAACCACACUCUAGUCAUAUCAACGAAAGCUGAGGGCACUGAGUCAUCCCUAGUCCUGUUCGACUAUGUUGUCUAUACC